AUGUCGGUAAUGUCGGUUGUUCUUUUGGUUGUGUACUUGUGUUGUAAGUUUCCUGAUAAAACCUUCAGAAACCUUCGCUUGGAUUUGAGUUCGCUUGACUCUGAUUUAAUUCUAGCUUGAUUCGUUUCUGAACGCGGGUAGUUUAUUAUUAAAUGAUUUAAAGCCAUGGAAUUUAAAGGACCCAAAACAUAUAAACCUUCAUUCAAUCACCCCUCUCCGUCGAGAGAUGAGAUGUGGCGAAGCGAAUUGGGCUUCGAAGAUGAUGAUUCAACAGAUGACACAUCAGACGAAGAACCAGAAGUAGAUCAGUUGUCUAACAAUGUAACAAUCAUGGUGGAGCUACAGUCGCUUCAGGUGGAAAUUCAGAAAAAGGACAAACAACGUGAGGAUCUACUAUUGAAACUUAAGGCAUUGACAGACAAGACAGCCAGCUACAAAUCGCGCCUCAACAAGACAGAGCAAAACAAAAAAUCUCAAAUGAAAAUCAUGAAAAGAACCCACGAAGUUUUCAUUGAGCAAAAAGAUAAAUUGAUUACAGAUUUGCAGGAAAUGCUUUCUGAACACGAGAAAACACUUGAGGCUCAAGGGGCAAAGGGAAAGAAAAAAGGAAAGGGAACUAAAGCCACCGCUGCGGCUCUGCCCGGAAUAGAUCGAUUAGUCGAAAGCAUCACGACUUUACACGAAGAGAAAGCGAAGCUUACCGAGUGCACGCUCGUUGCACAAUCAGAACUAGAAGUAGCGAAAGAAGAGGCGAUGGACAACGCAUCAAAAUAUCGAAACCAAAUCUCAGAUUUACAAAUCGAGAUUAGGAAAAUGAAAUCUAUUUCCGAGCAGGACGUAGGAAAAGAGAACAUCGAUGUCUCUUCUGGACGUAUCGCUCGCCUUGAGGAGCAAAACAAGUCUCUUAGGCAAGAGAAAAAAGAUCUGGAAAACGAGAUGUGGAAAACCCAAGAGAGCUUGCGUGACGAAAUCCGAAGAUUGGAAGAUGAUGUGAGAACAACGAGUAAAAAGAUGCGUGAUGCCGAGUCAAAAUAUGUAAAUCUUGCGGCAACACCGCCCAAAGUCCAGGUUCGAACCGUGCAAGUCGUCUCAGAAGAGUUGAAGAGAGAGUUAGAGGAAGCUGUCAGUCAAAACAGGAAAGUCGAAGCACUACUCGCAAAGACAAAGGCCGAACAUAAUGCAAAGGUCCAAGAAUUAGAGUCGGAAAGGAUGAAUGAAUUAACACAAUUAAAGACGGAGCAUGCUUCAAUGAUACAAGAACUAGAAUCGCGACAGUUAAGACAGAAGAGUGAAUUGGAACAAACAAAAGCAGAGCAUAAUUUAAAGGUCCAAGAAUUAGAGUCAGAAAGGAUGAAUGAAUUAACACAAUUAAAGGCGGAGCAUGCUUCAAAGGUUAGCGAAAUAGAGAGGGAAAUUGCGGGUGUAAAGGAGAGAUGUCGGCAUGAAAUUGAACGUAUGUCUAUGGAAAAGCAAGUGGAGAUCGAGGAAGUAAAAUUAGAAGCUGAGAGAACGACGGGCGGUCUCAGAAAACUGUACCGGAGUUUGCAGGAAAAUUGUCUCAAUCUUAUGAAAGAGUCGCAGGAUUUGCGGAGAUGUCAGCAAGAGCUCAAUAGCGCAUGUUCUACUUUCACCACCUCUCUCAAGCCAAUAUGCCGAGAUACUUAUAAAAAGAUCAUCGAGAAGUUAGCCGCUAUCAGCGAAGAUAACAAGGAUCUGGAGAGACGAUAUAUCAAAGAGAUGAAGCUUAGGAAACGUCUUCACAAUGAACUUGUUGACCUCAAAGGCAAUAUCCGAGUGUAUUGCCGAGUGCGGCCGUUCAUUUCCGAAGACGGUGUUCGAGCUUCAUCCCAAAAUUCGACCAUAUCCUUCGAUCAUAGUGAUGACAGCGUUCUGAGCGUUGACAACAAGGGCACUGUAAAACAUUUUGAGAUGGAGAGAGUUUUUCAGCCAACAUCAACGCAGGAACAGGUAUUUUCGGAAGUUGAAGAGCUCGUCGUUUCAUGUCUGGACGGCUACAACAUUUGCAUAUUUGCCUAUGGCCAGACUGGAAGUGGGAAGACGUUUACAAUGGAGGGUCCUGCUGACAAUCCUGGAAUAAACCAGCGGGCUCUCCGCCACCUCUUCGAUAGCAUUGAGGCAAGAUCGAGGGACUGGGUCUACUCGGUUUCAGUCAAUGUCUUGGAGAUCUACAACGAGACCAUACGGGAUCUUCUGUCGUCCGAGCAGACGCAGAAGCUGGAAAUGAAACUCGGCGCGGACGGGCUCAAUCACGUGCGAGGUCUUACAGAUUUUCAAGUGGAAAAUAUUGACCAUGUAAAUGAGCUGUUCACUUUGGGCAAAAGAAACAGAGCCACAGCAAUUACAAACAUGAACGAACACUCCAGUCGAUCUCAUGCAAUACUACGUGUAACAGUCAGUGGUACCCAUGAAGCAACGGGAACAACUGUGACAGGUAAACUCAACUUGGUGGAUCUGGCUGGGAGUGAACGUGUUAACAAGAGUGGCUCGGAAGGACUGAGAAUGAAAGAAGCUCAAAAUAUAAACAAAUCCCUUUCGUCCCUCGGUGACGUCAUCCACGCCUUGAAGAAUAAACAUGGUCAUGUUCCGUACAGAAAUUCAAAGCUGACGUUUCUUCUUCAAGAUUCGUUGGGUGGUGAUUCCAAGACACUAAUGGUCGUUCAAGUCUCGCCAGCACUUAAGAAUGUUGGUGAAACUUUGUGCAGUUUAAAUUUUGCCCAACGAGUGCGAAUGGUGGAAUUAGGUCAAGCAACGAAAAAAGUCGAGUCUGGUGAACCGAAGCCCGUUACGCCGAGCAAAUCCAAGAGAAAUGUGACGCCAAGGAGGUAACAGGCAAGAAUCCUGACUUUCUAGGGGAAUCACAUACGAAAACGGUCGCUGUUCAUUAACCCGCGGUGGAAUCCGGGCUUCGUUGUCAUUGGCUACCACGUAGGGUCCUUCAGACGUGUAAUCGGGAAUUUCGUAAUAGUUAAGAGAUUUAUAGUCAUUUUCUGGGUCACGAUUGUGUUGCAAAUCCGUGUAUCCCUCAUUAUCCAAAUAGUUGGGAUUGUUAUUUUCCGGGAUUUCCGCCUCUCUGACUCUGUCAGUUUCUCUUCUUCUUCCUUGGGAUGUGAUAUCGGCAGGUCUUGGAGACCUUAUCCCGCCUGGCCGCCGCUUCUUGGCCACAAGUACGACUAUGAGGAUGAUUAGUGCCAACAGAAUCAUUGGAAGAAAGAUGAAAAGGGCCGUACUUCCUGACAUGGAGUUGGAAUCUUUGUCGGGAGAUCCGUCUAGCAAGGAAAAUACAAUUGAAUGUAAACCUUACAUUUUUCUCAGAUUCCGUACAAGGGCCAGUUGUUCAAAGCUAGAUUAGCGCUAAUCCUGGGUUAAAAUUUUAAUCUAGUGUUUUAGUUUGUGUGCUUCUGUACCACUGUUCGUUUUAAAGCUUUAAAAAACAUGACUUCUAUAUCGGUCCAGAAAAUAUUUAUGAAAAAAGAUAUUCAACUUGUGAGCAAGCGAAACACGCGAUUAAAAAAAUUAAUGUAAAUAUUUGCUUUAACCCGGGAUUAAGCUAACCGACUUUUGAACAACCGGCCCCUGCCUGGUCUUUAAAUACGAUGAAGAAAGAAGCUUUUCUUUCAUGAUGGUUAUUACUUGGAAAAAUAUCUGCGAUCAUACCCUUCGCUGGUUUCGUCGCUUCCUCGUCCUCCUUUGUUGUUAUUGCCGUGGCUGCAGGAAAAAUAUCUUUAUAUAAAGUAUAAACAUGGAUCGCAACAACCUCGCAGGCAGGGCUCUUCUACCUACGCUCUCCCGCCCGCGCCAAUAGCUUACCAGAGUUUCGGACAUUUACGCUCUUUGUCGUAGGAUUCGCCUUUUUCGGUGAUGUUCCGGUUAUAUAUCCUGGAAACGUGUAAAAUGAGUGGAAUAAGGUAUACGCAUUCAGCAGUACAAUAAAUGCUAUACGUAUACGGAUAACAACACCGGAUAUAACCGGCAGGAUGCUGGCAUGCAAAAAACGAGAUCAUACAGAUUGUGAGAGAUAAACUUAUACAGAUAUCUAAUUAUUGUUAUUUUAUGGUGGACUUCAACAGUAUGUGCGAAACGUUGUUGGGUAUACUGUAUAUAGCUACAGUCGUUAUCACAUAUAUGCUUGUAGGGGGUUGAUCGAGGUUUAGUUCAUUGAGACCCUUGAUGUAUAAUAUUAAAAUUUCAUUCAAAAUGUGUUACCAUGGGUAGAAUAGCAAGAAGGUACAAAUGUAAGGAACGCGGAACUAUAUUCGGGAAGCAUGCAUAUAUAGAUUAAGCCUCUUACAGACAAGCAAGUUUUCGAUGACAAGUUUUUAUGUGGCAAGUUUUAAUUGUUUGUCUGUACGCCCAACUUUGACAAGUACACAAUUUUUCCUAU